UAUAUAAACCGGGAGGGGAGCACCGGGCUGAGGGUUGAGCAUUCACAUCUUGUGCCUUACGCCAAGAGCUAAGAGCACUACAAGAUUAGGGUAUUACCACCACCAAAGAGGGCUCGAACAUGUAUAAACCCUUGCGCAUACACUCAUCUACACCGCUCGGCAGAUACGAUUGCCUCUACAUUCAUACCCCCAUAAUACUGUCAGGAUUAUAUCCACGACACUGAGCAACAGAUCUUGCUAUCAUAGCCAAAACAUGCCAGCUCAACGUCGAAGAGGUUGAGUGUGUAAGCUGCAUGAGUUGAGCAUAAAAAAUACCAACUGAAUUAACAGCUGUACAAAAACUAGAUAGUAACACCUUGUCACCAAUACGACUUGGCUACCAAUCCACUAUAAUAUUCUCUAAGCAUGCAACUAUGUAAAGAUCCGCUGGUAGAGUGAACUAACCUGCUGGCUUUUGUAGGCAAUUGUUGGAAUAUGAUAAUUCAUUGGGAGGAUAAUUAGUGCACUCAGAAAAAUUGAGCUACGCAUGAGUGAUCAAAUUUGUAGGUUGUUGCUUCCAGUACAUGGAAUUAGCAAACUCCAUUAAAAUAGUUUAGAGCAUGCAACAGAACGAGCUGUCAUGCUGAUUCUUGCUGCCAAAAUCGGAACAUAGCAUUGUGAUUCAGUAGUGGAAAAUCAGACAGCACAUGGAUCAUCUCAAGAUUGCAAUAGAUGUGAAAUGCUUGCAAGCGCGGCAGGCAGGCGAAACAUGUCAGCGAUGCCGCGCAAGAGGUGAUCAGAAACCAGAUAAACACGACGUAGCAGUGGAGCCUGGAGAGGUGAAGUCAACUGUUCUUCGACUACCAAAGGCACAGCUCGCCAAUCUGGACCAACACACCUGUGCAUAUGAGUUUGCCCCCAAUAAUCAAGAAGCUUGGUUGGGAGACAUAGGAAAAGCAGCAUCCUGUGAUGGAGAUGGGUGGUAUUUGUCACGGCAGCACGACACAGCGUUAUCAUUGAGAUUCUUGCUGUCUAGAGGGUCAUGCCAGGGCUUCUGCUUCUUUCUGUACAUACCUGUAUAUAUAGGGACAAGCCCAUAGGCAGAACUCAACACCAUCGCAGAGCAGCUUCUCUUAUCUUCUAUCUCCAGAGAGCAAACGAAAAAACUUCAGCUUCCAACACAAUCAUGGCACCCCACCUCAGGUCCACGAGUGUGCCUUCCAGCCCUCGAUCCGGCGAAACCGAUGUCGAUCAACAGCUGCAUAGCCUAAACACAGCCACCGUCUCUCCCUUAUCAACAAUUGGGACAGUGUGUGUUGGGCUAAGGAGGCUUGGAGACAUCUAUGACUGCAUCGAUGAGCUCACAUGCUUGCCUAGCAGCCAAAUUCUCCUCUGCAAAACGCAGCAAAGGAUUUCUGUGGAGCAAGAGCUCGAGCGCUCCCUUAUCUUGCUUGACCUCUGCAAUGUCGUGCAAGUCAGCUUUUCCGAGCUCAAGGCAAGCGUCCAAGACAUGCAGUUGGUUAUCAAGAGAGGAGAAGAUGCAGCUCUUCAGGUCAAGAUUCAGUCUUGGUUUCACCAGAUUAAGAAAGUGCAAAAAACGCUCAAGAAGAACACCAAGAAGUCUUCUUCGGCUGAUCUGCAGAGCUGCAGAGUGGUCAGGUUGUUGACUGAAGCUAGAGAAGCCGCUGUCACAAUGAUUGGAUCCUCAAUGGAACUCCUGUCGAAGCAAAUUGCACCACCGAAUUCUAACAAGUGGGCUCUUGUGUCAAAGGCAUUCCAGAAGAAAAGAGUUAAUUGCGAAGAGGAGCAACUGCAGGUGCUGGAGUUGGACAUCGUUGAUCUUGAGAGUGGAGUUGAGACUUUGUUCAGGAGAUUGAUUCAGAGCAGAGUCUCUCUUCUAAAUAUUCUCAGUUUGUAGACUAGAUGUACCAACUCUGAUCCACUGUGAUUGGCGUCCGCCUUUUAGAGGAUUUGCUGAUCACUAGAACAAUUUUGCAACAUGUGUACAUGAAACACACUGUACAUAAAUAUACUCAAUUGAGGAACAGACACGGUUAUUUAUCAAAUUCAUAUUUUAUAUUACAAUUGCUUAAGUUUUGGAUGGUUCACUCAAAAGAUUCUAUCCUGGGAAGAAAAGACCAAGUUACUUGGAAGAUGCUUGUCAUUAUUGACUAUUAUAGUCUAUAGAAGUGUUUUUCAGAAAACAGUUCAAGUGCAACUUAGUUGUUUGGUUUUCAAAUAGUCAUGUUGCAUGUUUAAGAAUGUUGUUGAUACACGAUACACUCCUUGUGCAGUGGUUCUAAACCUAUAUAGAAAUAUGCCAGCUCCAGAACACAAAGUAUAAACUUGUACAACUCAUAAACUAAUGUAAGAUCGUUUAGAUCACUAAACUAGUGAUCUAAAUGAUCUUAUAUUAGUUUACAGAGGGAGUAAUUAGCACACAGCUGGUUCUAACAGAAACAUUAUCUGUGUCAAUAAUUACCAGGCUACACCACAUGUAUCACAAAGGAAAAUGUCCAAUUUAAAACCCCAGAGCCAAUAAGUUACACUUUCAACUGGAGUCUCGCUGCAAUAAUCGGAAUACAACAAGUGAGGUAUUUGAUUCUUACUGCAACAACUGGAACAUGAAUAAGUGAGGAACACACUUGAGGCUCCUAAAUGCAGAAAAAAUAGUGUCCGCCUCUGAUACCUUCUUUCAAUAUCUUUCUGGGUCUGUUGUGACACAUAUCUGGGACAGAGACUUGACACAAACUCUACGAGAUCAAAUAGCAAGAU